AUGAACACUUCGUCGUCGUUGAAACCCUUUGCUUCUCCUCCAUUGAUCUCUACUCUAAAAUCUUUCCCCAACUCUAAAUUCUCUCCAAAACUCCCUAAAUGUUCACCUAAACCCAUUAGAUGCAUGCGUGAUUCCAACAACAAUCAUAACUUCGGUUCGAAGCCAAAACCAAAUCCAAACCCUACAAGCCACGAGUUCUCUGUUUCUUUCGCGACCCUAUCCAUCGAAGCUCCCUUAGGAACAACAACCUCCGACAAGCUUCGUCUCCUCGUAUCCGAGUUCCGGUCUUUAACCGAACCGAUCGACAGAGUCAAACGUCUCUUGAACUACGCAUCAACUCUAGCUCCACUCGACGAGUCGGCUCGUGUUCCGGCGAACCGAGUCAAUGGAUGCACGACUCAGGUUUGGUUAGAGAUCAAGAAGGACGAGCUAGGGAGGAUGAGGUUUAGAGCAGACAGCGACUCGGAGAUCUCGAAAGGGUUCUGUUCUUGUCUUAUCUGGAUCCUCGACGGAGCUAAACCGGAGGAAGUGAUGGGCGUGAGGAGCGAGGACUUGACGGAGAUGAACGUUGGUGUUCAUGGGAAGGCACAAUCAAGGGUUAACACGUGGCACAACGUGUUGAUGAGCAUGCAAAAACGAACCAUGGCGUUUCUUGAUGAUGCUGACGUGGCGCACCGAGAAGGAGACAUAUCUCCUCCACCGCAUCAGCGUCAGCAGAAUCUUUUGUUUGAAUACGUUAAUGGAAGUUAUAUGGAAUCUUCUGCUUCUAAAGUUUCUGAUUACUCCAUUUCACUGCUUCCUUUGUAUUAUGAUUUCACUAUUUGA